AUGCCACGAACAUUCGAAGAAGAAUGUGAAUUUAUAAAUCGACUUUCGGAUGUAAAAUUUGGAAUAAAAAAGGGAUUUGUUCCGAAUAUGAAUGUUGAAGGAAGAUUUUAUGUAAAUAAAGGAUUGGAACCACUUAUGUUUGAAGAAUUGAAAUUAUCUUGUAAUGGAACUGGAAUCGGUGGAUUUCUUCCCGCUGUUCGACAAAUUGCAAAUGUUGCUGCUCUUCCUGGAAUUGUUGGACAUUCGGUAACAAUAUUUUUUAAAACUAUUUUAUAUUCAAAAUGAAAGGCCACGUAAAAACAGGGAGUUUCAGAUUUAAAAAAACAUUUGAAAAACUAUGUUCAAAUGGAUUAUGAAAUUAAAAUGAAGUAUUUAGACUAUUCCAUAUAAUUUUUUUGAAUUCAGUGUUUUUGUUUAUUUAUUGAACACUGAUUUUCUGAAAAUAGAAAAAUUAAGACCGAUUAUUUUAGAUCCUAAAAAACAUAUCCAAAAAAUAAAUUUGUUAUUCAUAGAUUGGUCUUCCUGAUAUUCAUUCUGGUUAUGGUUUUUCAAUUGGAAAUAUUGCUGCUUUCGAUACUUCAAACCCAGAAUCUGUAAUUUCUCCUGGAGGCGUUGGAUUUGAUAUUAAUUGUGGUGUUAGAUUAGUUAGAACAAAUUUAUUCGAAGAGGAUUUGAAAGAUGUAAAAGAACAAUUAACACAAUCAUUAUUUGAUCAUAUUCCAGUUGGAGUUGGAUCGAGAGGAGCAAUUCCAAUGCAAGCAGCUGAUCUUGUUGAGUAAGGUUAUUUCUGAAUUGUGUUCUACAAUAAAACAUAUUUAUAGUUGCCUUGAAAUGGGUAUGGAUUACACACUUCGUGAAGGAUAUUCUUGGGCUGAAGACAAAGAACAUUGUGAAGAAUACGGUAGAAUGUUGCAAGCAGAUGCAUCAAAAGUAUCCAUGAGAGCAAAAAAGAGAGGAUUACCACAAUUAGGAACACUUGGAGCUGGUAAUCAUUAUGCUGAAGUUCAAGUUGUUGAAGAUAUUUAUGAUAAACAUGCUGCAAAUACAAUGGGAAUCGAUGAAAAAGGACAAGUUGUUGUUAUGUUGCAUUGUGGAAGUCGUGGAUUAGGACAUCAAGUUGCAACUGAUUCAUUAGUUGAAAUGGAAAAAGCUAUGGCUAGAGAUAAUAUUGUUGUGAAUGAUAAACAAUUGGCAUGUGCGAGAAUUAAUUCGGUUGAAGGUGAGAGUUUGUUCAAAAAAAGGGAGAGGAAGAAUGCAAAAAGUUGGAAAACUACUGAUCAACAUUUUGGAACCGUUUUCCUAUGAUUUAGUUUUUGGGGUGCUAUUACAAAAAAAACAAGAACUUCUGACUAUUUUUUCAGGUCAAAACUAUUUCGCUGGAAUGGCCGCAGCUGCAAAUUUUGCUUGGGUAAAUCGAUCGUGUAUCACAUUUUGUGUCAGAAAUGCGUUUCAAAAAACAUUUAAUAUGGAACCAGAUGAUAUGGAUAUGCAAGUUGUUUAUGAUGUUUCUCAUAAUGUUGCAAAAAUGGAAGAACAUAUGGUUGAUGGAAGACCAAAACAAUUAUGUGUUCAUCGAAAAGGAGCAACAAGAGCAUUUCCAGCACAUCAUCCACUUAUUCCUGUUGAUUAUCAAUUAAUUGGUAAUGAUUUAAAAAAAAUAUAUUUUCAAAUAUAUUUCAAUAAAUAAUAUAUUUUUUUAGGUCAACCGGUAUUAAUUGGAGGAAGCAUGGGAACUUGUAGUUAUGUUUUGACUGGAACUGAACAAGGGCUUGUUGAAACAUUUGGAACAACUUGUCAUGGAGCUGGAAGAGCACUUUCGCGAGCAAAAUCAAGAAGAACAAUUACAUGGGAUUCUGUUGUUGAAGAUUUACGACAAAAAGACAUUUCGAUUAGAAUUGCUUCGCCUAAAUUAAUUAUGGAAGAAGCGCCUGGAUCUUAUAAAAAUGUGACUGAUGUUGUUGAUACUUGUGAUGUUGCUGGAAUUAGUAAAAAAGCUAUUAAAUUAAGACCAAUUGCUGUUAUUAAGGGUUGAAUUUGUUAUUUUCUCAUCUUGUUUUUGUUAUAUUUUAAUGAAUAUUUGAAACUUUGACAUUUUUGAGCAUUUCAACAGUAAUUUACGUACGCGUAAAAACCACAGAUUUCCUUUAUUUCUGUAGAGCACAAUUGGUUGUCCUACUUUUUGUGCGCCAUAGAUUUAGUUAGCUGACGCAAAUUUUACACGGUCAGUUGGUCAUGGCGCAUUUCGUGUGCACAAGUCAAUUUUUGCACUCUCCAAGUUUCUCAUUUUUAAAUCCAUUAUUUUUCAUUAAAAAAUGCAGUUUAAUAAUAAAAACGUGAGUGGGGUCAAAUAUUUAAGAAAAUCAGUUAUUUUGGUAUUUUUGGUGACAAGAAAUCGGACGUUUUAAGAGGUAUUUAUUAGCAAAUUGUCUUCAUUGAUAAUUCAUUGAAUUUGCAGCCAUUUGUGUAUGAUUCAAGAAUAUUUGAAUAUUGAGCGGUAUUUGGAUCUGCAAGAAAUCUAUAACUGUUGCUUCAGAUUUUUCGCUACAACCGCAACUAUUAUUUUAACUGUCGCAUUGAUUGGGUUGUGGAAAAUGUCGGUAUCUAAUAUCGUUCUUUAUUUUUCCUUGUUCAUGUAUUUAUUUCUUGAAUACGUCGUUUCAUAUUUCAAAUUUCUCAAAUAAUUUGAUUAUUUCAGGGUACGCCGUACAUUUGCUUCUAAAAGACCUUCGAGAAGUGACGGUACAGAAUCUAUCGAAACUAAUAAAGAAGAUUUCGACAAGGCUGACAAGAAGAAAAUAUCUGCGAUAGCAAGAAAAUUGAAGAGGUAGAGGGAAAAUAUUAUAUUGAAAGACAUUAAUCAAUUGUUUUUGAAGAUUUUCCGUCGUCGAGGCGGACAAUUUUGAUAAAAAUAUGGAUAGAGGAUUUUUAUUGGCAAAAACAAUGUCGAUUGCAAUGGACGAUGCAUUGAAUGGUGCGGGUUUUAUAGAUGAUCUCAAUGAAACAUCAACAAGUGAUAGACAACCACCAGAUUGGAUUAAAGAACCUAGAGAUGUUUAUCAUUUACCUGAAAUCAUAUUAUCAACUUAUAGUCAAUAUAAUGAUGAAGCGUGAGUUUUUUCUCAAAAUUUUUGAUGAUAAAUCGGUCAUCUUCAAUUUUCUAUGUUGAAUGAAUUCAAUGCAGGUGUGAGUAAAGUUCCAAAAAACACGGGUAUAAAAUAUUCCAAAAGCAGAUGUUCAACUGUAGCGCGUUUUUAUUGCAUUUUUUCCUUUCAAAAUAGUAAUGCGAUAAAUUUUUAUAUGAAAGAUUUUUCUUUUAGUCUGUAUUUCACAUCUAAAGCAUUUUUUCUGUUUCAAAUAUUUCGACUGAUAUUUAGAAUUUCCGACGGAAAAAGUAUUUUUUCUAACUGUUUUGAAAACCGUCAAAAUUCGUUAGGUAAAUCCUUAUCUUUUUGUGUUUACUUUUGUUUCGAACAUCUCGAGCAUUUCUAACUUGUUGUAUUUUUCAGAGACUAUGCAAUGAAACAAAUGUUAGCUGUUUUGGAAUCUUUGAAUCCAUCUGAAUAUGUUGAAAUGUUCGAAAGUGCUUUGAAAGCAAUUGAAGAUCGGCUGCCAGUUGUUCCGAGAAAUGAAGAUGGUAUGUUUUAUUUAUGGAAAAUUCAAUUAAAUUAUACAUUGUUUUUUAGGAUCUGCGAAAUGGCCUGAAGUAUUUGAUAGAAGUAUAAGCAAUUCAUCAGAAUCUGAUAAUUCUGAUUUUUCAUAUUCUAAUCAAUUUCAUCAUCGAUUGAGUUCUGUUCAAAUGGGAUCUGUUUUCGAUGCGUUGCCUUUUCUUAUUGAAACAGUUACUUCAAAUGAGAAAUUAUCGAAAUAUCUUGAUAUUUUAUAUAUGAUGGUUGUGGUUACUUUGAAUGAUGAAUCGAAUGUGAGUUUGGGAUUUUGAUUUGGGAAAAAGUUAAAAUUCGGAAAUGAGGUCCAAUCAUUCGAUGAAUACAUUAGUUGGGGUUAAAAGAAAUUAAAUUCCUCAGACCCUUGAAAAAUGUUCAAAAUAUGGGAUAAACAUUGAAAACUAUGUAAAUUUCUUGAACAUUAAAGGCCAUAAGCGAACCAUUUUAAAACAUCAAGAUUAUUUUGUUCUAAAAUGUUUACCCUAAAACGCAGAAUGAUUGCCUGUCUAUAACUUAUUCUCACAGAUCACAUUUUAUUUACUCGAUAACAGGAACAUUUUCCGAGUUUUCCCUAGUUUUUCGAACAUGCAUCAUUUUUGUUUGUUUUAUGAUCAAAGUCAUUAGACAAGUUUUUUCUAGUGAUUUAUUGAAACUUUUGCACUUUUUUGAAUGCAACAAAAAGUGCAGAUGUGUAUAGCAAAUUUUCGGUUUUUUGUAUUGUAUUUUCACACAAAAAAUUCAAUGAAUCCAAAAAAAAUGACGCAACAAGAAAAGUGCAAUGCCGGCUUUUCUUUUAUGUUUCAAGCAAGCAUAAAAUGCACUUUUACGAAAUGAAUCAUUCAGCCUCGAUUCUUUGAUUUUCAAUUUGGAUCUGAUUUAGAAUGUUUUGUAGUUUCUGAAAUGUUUCCAUCAAGAAUCAAUGAUUUAAUGUACCAUGCAUGUUGUGAUUUUCGAUGUUUUUCAAAUUCGGAUUUUUCGAAAACCCCUCGAUUGCAACAUCGAAGCAACCUUGAGAUGAAAAAAAUGCUCGUUCGGGUUUCUUUCCUGGUGUUGUAUGUAGCGAAAAAAGAGCUAGGAUGAAAAAGAAAAAGAGAAAAUAAUGCAGCAAAAAGAGCAACAUCGAUAGGAGUUCGCUUUCUCUGUUGUGCUCCAGUCUUUUUUGUCGACGUUUCGUUUUUUUUUCUUAUCGGGCUGCCUCUGGUGUUUGUAUGCAGAAAAAAAGAAAGAAAAAACGACAUUCGAUGAGUCGAUGUAUAUAUGAAGAAAAAAAAUGUUUUUCUGAAAAAAUGAACAAAACAAUCGUGAACAAGUUCUAUGUUGGAAUCUACAAAAGAGUUGAAUAGGAUUAUCAGAAAUAGUUUAUAUUCCUAUCAGAACACAAGUUUUGUGUUUUCAUUCUUCAGUCUACCGGAAUUCGAAUCCCCGUUUUUUGUGAUUUUUGAAUGAAUCGGGUUUUUGUUCUAUUUUUAUUUUUCAUCCCGACCACCUUUUUCCAUUCCCUUUUCCUUCCAAAUAUGCUUUCAAUUGUAUAAUAAUCGGAAAAAAACGAAAGACGAAAAAAACGAUUGGCAACAAUAUCAAGUUUCAACAAUUUGCUACCCCCAUCAACGUUUCCAUCUCUAUUCGUCGCCAUGUUUACUUGAGAGCAUCACAGGAAACAAAAAAAUGAAGAGCAAAAAAUGUAUCUAUCAUGGUCAUAAUUUUUCCCUGACAACUUCAUGAAUUAAAGUUUCAACGAGAGAAAAAGUAUAUAGUUCAGUGUUGUUUUUUCUUCGUCGCUAUUUCGAUUCCCUCGUUUUUUCUCGAAGCCUUUUUUAGAUUAGUUUCAGUAGUACGAAUUAUGAGGAAAGAAAUGGGAGGAGCUUGAAAUGUUUCUAAUUUUGGAAAUGUAUAGUUAUCGAUUUGGUUGAACAAAAAAAUCUGCUGCUGUUGUUCGUCAAAGGGUUCAUUUUUCCGGAUAUUUGAUAUUUUAUAAAGUUUAAUCGAAAAAUAUUAUUAAAAAAGCAAAUCGGAAAAACAUUAUAAUGGAAACUAUUAUUGAAAAAUUGAACGAUGUUUUGAUGAUGGGAAAUUCAAUUUUUUGGAAAAUUUUUCAUAGUAUAACUAUAGAAAUCAAAAAGUUUGUUUAAAACUUCCGAAAGAUAUUUCAUUUUGGCGGUUCAAAUAGUCAUUCAAUCUUGUUAAUGUGUCUUUCUUUGUUCAAAUCUCUUCUUCCUCUUUUUUUUGUUUCGAAAUGAAACAUUUUGAAUAUAAGUUAGACAAUGAACAUUAAUUUUGUAAUUGAGUAUUCAAACGAACACAAUUUUCCCUGUCUGUUUUGCUGUCUAAACAAUCGACCUUGCCAUCCAUUCAAUUUGUUCGUUUUUUUUUGCGUUCAAUUCAAUCAACAACAGGAAAAUCGAAAUAUCGUGCAUGUUCGAAAUCACAUGCUUUUAUUCGACCUUGUUCGUCUUCUCCAUUUUUUUUGGUUACCGAACACUUUUGUUGCUCUUAUCAGCGUCUCUUUGUCUUGAUGUUUAUGUCAUUCGAUUAUUAUUAUUCUCCAACCGAUUAUAGUCAAGCCAAAAAAGAAAGAAAAACGAAAGUAGAAACAGAGUUUUUUCUUCAAAUUUCAAAGUCUUUCAAAUUGGUGGAACUAGUUUGGAGAGGUCAAAGGAAACCUUCUGAAAUCAUCGGUCUUGAUUGAAAUAUAUUUAAAAAUAGUUCUAGAAAAAUCAGAUGUUCAUCUGUAUUCAAAUUCGGGGAUCUUUCAGUAUUAUCGUUUUGAAACACCCACGGAUGAGUCAAAUACUUGAGUAAAACAGUAAAUAUGUUCUCUUGUGUUUUUUCAUUGCCAGCUGUGUACAGAACGAAAAUGUCUGUGUGUUUUUUCUCGCAUUUUGAUUCUUAUUUAUCCAUAUUGAAAAAAACGAAGCACAAUUUGUUUGUAACCCCCCUCAGUUUUUUUUCCGAUGUGUCGUCGUCGCCUUUAUUUGCGAUCAACGACGAUGGCAAAAAGGAGAGGCAGUAACCACAUAGGAAGAAGAAGAAGAAGAAGAAGGCGCAAACGGAGAGUGAGGAGAGAAAUAGUGGACAAAUGUAUAGAGACGAAUUCGUACUGUAUUGCAAAAAAUAUAGAUAUUGAGCCAUUUACAAGAGACGCAGAGGGCCCAACACACAUGGUCGUUAUGCCAAGGUUACGCGGGCGCCCCGGCGACCCCGAACAGAGAUGAAAUAUUGAAUAAGAGACGCAGAUAAUAAUAAACAUUUUUUUGAAGAAAAAAACGAGAGAGAAAGAGAGAAAUAUAAAAAAGAACCAUUGGUUGAACAAUCACAGGCGGGAACAAGACAAAAAAAAACGAGACGAUGAUGAUUAAAAAAUAUAUUUGAUUGAUUUCUUAUCUUGAAAAUAUUGAAUUGAAACAACAAUUGGAAAGGUGUUCGUUUGAAAUAUAUCAAAACUAUAGUAUAUAUAAAUGUUGGUUGGAAUCACGAAUUGGGAAUUUGUUUGGUCAUACAAAAAUCCCCUUAGUUUUUCAUGGUACACAGUAGUUUUGAGCCAAAUCGUCCAUGUUAACCUGUUUUGCACAAAACGUAAAUAGUGCUAUGAUGUUAAGGGUUUUUCGUAUUUUCCAAGCAACACUUUGAAUUAAGAAAAAAAAGUUUUUUCUGCAAAAGAUGCAUAUUGUAUCAGUUUUCUGGUACAGCCAGAUGUAUUGUCAUCGUCCAGAAAGUUCCACAUUUUCGAUCUUCAUCAAGAAUUUAUCAGUUAAUUCCAGCAGUUUUUCCUUUCCGUUCCUUUGUUCUAUACUUUACUACAGUAGUUUUGUUUUCUAGCAAUUAAAAACUGAAGCCUUUCUCGUCAUUUCUCGUCACCUUGACAUUUUUUCUUCAAUUUAUUACACAGUUGACAAAAAAAGAGAAAGAAAUGGAUGGCGGAAAAAGUAAAACAACUUGUUUGAUUUUUGGACCAUUCCACUUUUUUCUGUUGUUUUGUUAUCUGUUUUUUGGGGUUGAAGGCGAAAAAGAAGAAGAUGAAGCUGUUUUUCUUUUGCUCGAAAAACAUUUUUUUUUCCUCUACGAGACUGGAGAAAAUUGAGAGGAACAGGAAAAUAUAUGAGAAAAUGAAAAUAGAGGAGAAAGAAAACAAAAACAAGAUAACAAAAAAUUGGGUUUUCAAAAAAUAAAUGCUGAGAAGAAAUUUGAAUUUCAGAUUCGUCGACAAUGUAUUUCUGCAAUUUCAAUUUUGUUGGAACGUCAAAUAUUGUCACAAGAAUUUCUGAAAACUUGUAUUGUUCCUGGACUUUUUCAUGUAUACGAAACUGCUCGAAAUCCGCAAUCUUUUCCUUCGGGAGAUUUGAAACAGGAGACUUGUCAGGUUAGUUGACUUUUUUUGUUUUCUUUGGGAGCAAAAAUUUAAGAAGCAUUUUUAUGUUGUUUUGUGAUUUUGUUGCCCUCCUCCUCUUUUUCUCUCAAUCUCUCACUCUUAUUUUUGAGCGUGAGUUUUCUAUGAGUUUUUCUUCUUUUUCUCGUUUUUUUCUCUGGUUGUUGACGAACAGAAUAGAAGAACAACAAAAAGAAGAGAGAACGAAAAAAAGAAAGACGUUUUCAGCCAGCCAUUUUUUCGUCAUGAAAAAUGAGAAGGAGAGCAAUGAAAUUUGUUUAUUUGUUUAUGGAAUAACUAUCUAGAAUAAAACAAAACAAAACAAAAAAUUAUAUGGAAUUGGUAUAAAAAUAUGGGGUUGAAAAAUUAGAUCGGGAAUUCAGGAAUUUUAUACAAAAAUUUUUUCCUGAAUUCAUCUAAAAACAACAAAAAAUUGGCUUGUCAAAAACAAUUUUUCCUUGCAAUUUAAGAUUCUGAAUGUGCUAUGAGAUCAGUAAAAUUUAACUCUGAAAUCGUCUAAAAAUAUACAAAAAUAUUGUCUGAAUGAAAUUUUGAUUGUUCACUUUCUGAAAAUUUUAUUUAUCAGAUCUCUCUCAAAAAUUGUUCAUUUUCAUAAAAUACUCUGAAGCUGAGUUUUGAAUUUGAGGAUAAAAUUAGCUACGAGAAGGAAUUACCUCAAAUGUUUUCAAAUUGUAGUUCUCCCACGUGGUUUGAUGUAUUGAACUAGCCCAAUUAUUAUUAUUUUCUUACUCGUGACGAAUUUUGUCGUUUUUUAUGAGAAAAAAAAGAUGAUGUGAUAUUUUUUGCACAAAUUUUAUUUGUUGCUUCUUCUUCGUUUUUUCUUCUUCUUUCGAUACAUUUAUGUAUGCGUUAGUUGAAUAGAAGAAGUCGUUCGUUUCUUCUUCUUUUUCGUAUUUGUAUUCUAUGCUCUUAUUCACUCAUUCACUCACCCACUUUUUUUUUGCUCAUUCUGGUGGUUUUUUCUUGCGUUUUUUUUUUUGAAAAAAAAACCAACUCUCUCAUUCUCUUAUUUAGACAUUGUAUUUCACUUUUUGGAGAAGGCGGGAAUUUUGUUGAUAAGAAGAGGUGUUAGAGAUGAAGACGGUGCACACUCACACACACAUAACAGAAAGAGAGAGUAUAACAAAAAUUGGCUGGGCGCCUAUAUUGCGCGCGCUCUCUUUUUUCGACACUCAAAAUGGGAGGAGCUUCAAGGCCCCAACACACACACACACAAUACAUUCAUUCACUCAUAGCAAGCAAAAAAAGAGAUGGCAAGAAAGAGGCAGAAGAGUUGGGCGCCGCGCCCCGUUUCGCUUCUUUUUCUUCUUCUUCUUUUUUUCUUUUUGCUGUGCUGUGCUGAAUAUUUAGGCUCCGCCUCUUUUAGUAUGUAUGUGAGUGUGUUGUUGGAUGGUUGGUUGGUUGCUGAUUCUUCUUCUUCUUUUUCUCCAUUUUCUCUUUUGAAAAUGACUCGAGGUUAAAAUAAAUGAUUAGUUACUUCCUCUUCUUCUGAAGGUAUCUCUAUCUCCGAGUUAGGUUAGUAGGUCUUUUUUUCCAGAAUUUUUUCCGUGAUUUAGAAGCUUCUCCAGAUUGCUUUAGGAUUUGAAAUUUCUCAGCAGUAUUCUUGGUAUCAUUUUAUAGUCUAGCUUUAAUCAUUUAAGAGUUCAAGAUUAGGGAUAAACGAUUCAUGUUUUCUCUCUAAAUAGCAAUGAGUUCUUCAGCUCUUUUUCUGCCAGCUGAAAUUUCAGGCAGGCUCCAAAUAAAUAAAAACUAGAAAAAUUGAGGCAUAUUGUCGUCAUUGCAUUUUGUGCUGUUAGCAUGUUGAUAUAUCGUCUCAACAUGUUUUGAACUCUUUUUCUCUAGUUGUUUCUACUCUGACUUUCUUUCUUUUUUUUUCUUUCAAAUACAUCUUACUUUCUCUUUUCUCUUCUCUCAACACAAUAUCUAUUUCGUUUUUUUGUUUUCUGCUGCUCUAGGUUCUCUCACUUUCUCUUUUUCUUAGUUUUUUGUCUAUUUCAGCCCUAAAAAUGAAACAUAAGUUUGAGUAGAAAAAAAGAAAAGGAAGAAGAAGAAGAAGAAGAAAAAUGACAUACUUACUUGCAUUAUUCAAAUAUUCUCUUUUUUCACCGAUUAUUCUUAUUCUAUAAGAAAAGAAGGUAUGAAUUUGGGGAAAUGAGUUGAUCUGACGUUGAAAGACAUGGGUAGUGAGACGAGAAUUGACAUCUGCGUAUCACUAUUCUGUUUUUCGCCGUUUGAUUUCGACUCUUUUUAAGUUGGACUGUAUUUCAGGACAGAACUCAACUUUGAUUUUAAGUUUGGAUUGAAAAUAUAAAAAGUCCAAUUUAGAUUGAAAUUUCAAAAAAGAUUCAAGGAAAUUCUAAAUUUAUUAAGGAAUUCUACAGAACUUGUGGUUCACACAUUUGUGACUGAUCGAUUUUAGAAUUUUUAGGAAGGAUGCUCAAUGCUUCAUUUUCCACCAAACCAUGUGAAAUCUUUGAGCGAAAAAUUAUAAGCUCUGAUUGUUUACAAAAUAAUUUCGCAUAAACUCUAUGAUGAAACUUUUUUGGAAAUAUAGAAAUUGUCAGUUUACGUUAGAAGAUUAUUUUAAAAAACGUGUUUAUAGAAAUGAUUUCAUAAUUCUAGAAAAAUGGUGUGAAUUUUUAGAGCUUCAUCACGUUUUUGAUUGUAAAAUUGUGAUAAAAAUUAUUUUUCCACACGAAAGUGCUUCACUAAUAUGUGUUAUGCUCGGAAGAAAUAGUUGUUAGAUAUUGAGGGAAUUUCGAAUCAUCGAAGAUUUUUGAAAUUUUGAGGCCUGAAAUUCUAUUGAGAAUCUUUAGGGAUUGUAAAGUUUGAAAUUCAGCUCUGAAGCCCGUUUUUAUAGUGAAAAGGUAUUCAAAUUUGUCUGAAAAGAGCUAAAGCGAACAUAUAUUUUUGACUGUAAAAAUAGCGCUCUGAAAUUAUUUAAAUAUGAAAUUCACACCUUCUUAAACCGCAGCCGUGAACACGUUUAUUUAGAAAAAACAUAAUUUGAAUAUUUUAGAGUUCAAAAACAGUUCCAUGAAUCAACAAUCCUAAUAAUCAUGAAUAUUUAUUAUUUUGACACUGAAAAAGUUAUCGUGAAAUUGGGACUUUUGGAAACCAAGACUCUAGCCAAAGACUGUCAUAACUCCAAGUUCUGAAAUAGUUUUAAUGUAGCUACGUAGAUUUUCAGGUGGAAAAUACGAUUUUAGCUCACUAAGAUAACAUUAAAAUUUGAUAGUCUUUUCAUUGAUAAAUUUCUAAUAAGUAGAUUAGCCUAUUUUCUAAAAAAAAAUUUCCACAUCGAUUUAUUCAAUUUGGCAACAAACAAAUGUUUCUUUUUUGUUUCCAAAAAUGCCUUUAAACAAAUAAACAUGUCUGAAAAAACAGAGAAAUACACAAUUUUCUCUAUAUUUCGUUGUUGUGUUGUUUUUUUGUGUGUUCGUUUUUUCAUGUUGUUCCGCCGAUUUUUGUCGAAAAAAAAACAUCAAUCAUAUUGUUUUUCCAUGUUCUUUUUUCCACAAAACAACAAAGAAGAAAUUGAACCGACUGGAUGGAAAAUGGCAAAAUGCCAAAAAAGUAUAUGAAUAAAAUGUAUGAAUCAUUGACAAAUAAAUAAAAAGAAAGAAAGAACAUCACAAAAAUAUGCAUAUUUAUACUAUAAAAGUAUAUAAUUUGAAUAUUGAUGAGUUUUUUCUUUGUCGUUGUUCACAAAAUAAGACAUUGUGCAAUCGGAAAUUAUAUUAUUUUAUACAGAAAAAUUUUAUAGCGAAUUUGGAGAGUUCAUGUUUUUAUGGUUUUUUUGGGUAAAUUUUUCUCGUGCGCCUAAUUUCAUAGGGAAAUUUUGGGUUUUCGUAUUUUCAGACGAUUUCAGAGUUAAAUUUUUCGGUUCAAAGUUGCUAGAUAAAUUGGUUUUCAGAUUCAUACUGUCAAAAAAAAUAACUUUCAAAACAAAAUCUUUAUUUCCCUAGUGGAUUUUUUAAAUAAGAACUAGUAUCAAGGUUUCAGAACAAUACAAGUCAAUUUUCAGAGUGAAAUUUUUUGUUGAAGAUUUCUGAAUCAGGUAUGAAUACGGCUAAAUUUUCGGGAUUUAAUUUCCAGGUUAAUAAUUUAUGACUUCACUCAUUUUACAUUCAGAAUCUUUUUUCGUUUUCAAAGAAAAUUUCAGAGUAAUUUUUCUGGAACAGUAAUUUCGCAAUGAAUAAACUUGGUUUUUUCUAAAAAUAUUAUGAAAUAAUUUUUAAAUUCUCACGUCAUAGUUCACGUUUCGAUUUUAUAGUUAUUUAUUAUUUUCAUUUCAAAAUUUCUCAUUUUUGAAAAAAAAGCGGAAUUUUAAAACAAACAAAUAUAGAAUAAUUUUAAAAAACACACAUUUUAAUACAUAUUUUAUAAAUUUUAUAUAAAACUUCGAGGUGAGACAGUGUUUUCUUUAUUUCAAUGGUGCCACAAUCAUAACUCGAAGUUAACGUAUGAAAAAAAUUUAAAAUAACUUUGAGAUAUUUUUUAGUUAUCAAUUUCCGAAACUGGAUUACAUUUUUCUCAAUAGUUGAAAAACAAGUUCAGUUUAUGUUUUUUUACUGAAAAUUUUUUCUAAAUCCCGGAUAAUUUUUCUGAAUUCGAUUUUUUUUAAAUUUUUUUUAUUUUCAGAAAGUUUAGUCAUUAUUAGAAUAUUCUGUUACAGAAACAUUUCGUCCUCAAUUUGUCUAGAAUUAUAAAAAAUAGGCAUUUUAAAAAUUUUCGCUCUGAAUUCGCUUAUGAAAAAAGUUGUCCUGAAGUUCGGGGGUCUAAAUUUGUUAUGAUUAGAUUCGAUCCAAAAACUCACAAAUAAUUUGUUAUGAGCUUAAAAAAUCAUUGCAUUUUUCGUAUGUCUAAUUUUUUAUUAGAAAAGUAAUUACAGUAGCGGCAAAAAAGAAAUGCACUAACUGUUUUUGAUAGAUAAAGUCACUAAAACAGCCCGAAAAUGUUGGAAACUUUUCUAGGGUUAUUUUUUACGCUGAUUCACACUAUUUCAAUCAUUCAGAUGUAUUUGGCAUCACUUCUGAAGGUUGUAUUGGUCCAAAAUCAAAAAUGCGAUUUUUUUCAGAUUUUCAACUUUUGGGAAAUUUCACUUGGGACUGUCUUAAAAUGUUGAUAAUUGGGUGGUAAUUGAUUUUUAUUCAUACAAUACCAUCCCAGCACUUGAUUUGACUUCAUAUGUUGAAGUUCCAAUCAUGAAAAAUAAUGUUAGAUGUUCUCGAUUCAGCGAUGUCUGAAAUCGAGAAAUCUGAAGGUUUUGACAUGAUUAAUCAUAUUUAUCGUGUGAUUUUUGACAAAAAUACUUUUAUUCAUCCAAUUUAUCAAUUUUCUACCAAAACUGAACGUUUUUAUCAAGUUUGGGGCCAUUCCGAUCUUCAUCGUUGGUCCGACGUUGUCAUAGAUCUUGAUUUCAGUAACGCCCUGAACUUCAAAACUAAGUUUUUAUUGCCUAAAUUCACACUCGAAGGACUCAGGUACAUGACCUGAUCUGUUUCAAUCCACAAACUUUCCUUCUUCGAAACUUACAAGGCCAAAAAUGAACAUGUUCAGUUUUUCAAUGGUUUUUACACUAUUUUUUCAUUGAUUUUUCUAAUUUCUUCUUAUGUGGUCCGGCAUUGCUGAUCUCGCUCAUUUUGGUAGUUAAAACCUUAUUAGGUCAAUAGAGGGUCCUCUAAACUUUAGAAAAUAACACUAUUAAACAUCAUCCGAAGUUGUCGGAGGCCGUGAAAUCAAUAUCUACGACAACAUCGGACCAACGAUGAAGAUCGGAAUGGCCCCAAACUUGAUAAAAACGUUCAGUUUUGGUAGAAAAUUGAUAAAUUGGAUGAAUAAAAGUAUUUUUGUCAAAAAUCACACGAUAAAUAUGAUUAAUCAUGUCAAAACCUUCAGAUUUCUCGAUUUCAGACAUCGCUGAAUCGAGAACAUCUAACAUUAUUUUUCAUGAUUGGAACUUCAACAUAUGAAGUCAAAUCAAGUGCUGGGAUGGUAUUGUAUGAAUAAAAAUCAAUUACCACCCAAUUAUCAACAUUUUAAGACAGUCCCAAGUGAAAUUUCCCAAAAGUUGAAAAUCUGAAAAAAAUCGCAUUUUUGAUUUUGGACCAAUACAACCUUCAGAAGUGAUGCCAAAUACAUCUGAAUGAUUGAAAUAGUGUGAAUCAGCGUAAAAAAUAACCCUAGAAAAGUUUCCAACAUUUUCGGGCUGUUUUAGUGACUUUAUCUAUCAAAAACAGUUAGUGCAUUUCUUUUUUGCCGCUACUGUAUGUACCCGAUUCGAGUACCCAUAAUAUCGACUUUUCCAAAAGAGUGGUCAUAUUUUUUUCAGUCCAUAUUUUUGAAAAAUCAUUUUUGGUGGCCUGUUUCUUAAAAAUAUGUGAUCACACUGAUCCGAUUCAGAUAUCGUGAAAAUUGAGUUCGAUUAAAGAAAUCUUGGUUGAUUCCUCACAGUUGUCAGGUCCGACUCAGAAUUUUCCAUUGUAAGUCAAUAGUAAAUGUCUUCAAUUAUUUUUCCGAAAAAAUAACAAUUCCCUCUUAGGCGGGUGAACUUUUUGGCAAAAGAUGGUUGAUAUUUUCAAUCUUUUGAUUCCAUUUUUCUGUUGUACUUUUACUCGAAAAAUUCCCUCGUUUUUCUUCAUUUCUCUUUCUUUUUCUCCUUUUUUUGUUUCCGUCGUCGGUAUAGUGAUUUACGUUUAUGGUUUUGUACUUUAUCGCAUCGAAUUUCGAAUUGCCGCAUUUUCCUCGUUUUUUUCUGCGAAACACAAGAAAAAAGAUUAGAUUGAAGAAAAAAUAUGGGUGGUAUAUCUGUUUUUUUUGUCUGGGAGACAAUUUAUCCACAUUGGAAAAAUAUGAGAAAUUCGUUUUUGAGAAACAAAUAUUGUCAGGUGUUCUCGAAAUACACUUUUACAAUAAGUCGGAAUGUAUAUGAACAAUUUGUAGAAAAUCAAUCUUUAUGUAAAUUUGUAUUUUAUUGACCUUUGUCAAUUUUUGCAUACUAUAAUUGGAUUUUCCUUCGAACAGAACAAUAAACAUUAAAGUAUAAACGCAAUACUAAUAUUUGUUUGUUUGGAACAAAGUAACUUUUGCACCGCUUGAGAUCAUCCGCUUCAUAAAAAAGAGAAAGUUUCUUUUUUUUUUUGUAAGAAUAGAUCAUUUUUCUGUCUGUCUGCAUUGCAAGAAAAUGGAGAAAAUUAGGUAGAAAUUACAUAUUCGGUUGAAUUUUUUGAUUGACAGCCUAGAAUUCGAAAUGGAUGAAUUUGAGAAUUUCAGGUUUUGAAUUUUGCAAAAUUUUGCCGAUUUUUUGUAACCUCGUUUUCACUAUUUCUCGGUUUCGAUCUCCCGCAGUGGUUUCAUCAAUUUCGUUUUUUUGUCACCAUUGCGAAAAAAAAGAAAUAAAAUGUGUGUUUAAAAAAGUCUAGAUUCGGCGGCAAGAUUGAUGAUUGAAAUAGUUGAUAUUAUCGAAAGGACCCCCGGAGACGGACGGACAGGUGUGACAGAACGAAAAAAUAAUAGGAGACGAGUUUUUAGUUGAACAGGUGUUGGAAAUGGACACAAUAAUGGGAUUAGGAUUGAGAAGUGAGAAUGCUCUUUUUUUUAAUAAUAGUGUGAAUGAAUGGAGUGAAAAAGAAUAAUUGGGUCGAAUAUAUAAUUAUUCACCAAAAUGUCAAUCCUCGUGGGAGCUUGGAAAAGUUAAUCUGGCAACUAUUUUUAUUAGAAUCGCUAAUUUACUACCUAAAAAAGAUUCCCGCAUUUUGCGAACUAAAAGGAACUUAGAAGUCGGGCUGAUAUCGAAGAAAUUCAACAAACAAUUGAGAAAUUUAGAUAAAUUACUUUCUAAUCUACUAGAAAAAGUUUUUAAAAACAAAUUUUGAUCAGUUCAAAGAGAUUAGCAGAGUUUUUGUGGUCGCAGAUCUUUCGAAUGUUAUGAAAUGUAUUCCCUGUGUUGCAGUUUAGUUGAUCUUCAUCCCUAAGGUUUCUGAAUUGAUUUCCCGUUGCUCUUUUCUAGAAUUUACUGUUUUUAAUAUGAAUCUUCAUUUUAUUUCUAGUUAUUUAUUAUUGUUGACAGAGCAAACAAUACAAAUUAAAGGAUUUCAAGUUGUUGUGGACUAAAAAUAGUAUAAUGUUGAUUGUUCCAUCCAAUUUGAAAUAUUCUCUCAAAUUAGUUUCAUUUUCCCCUUCCCCUUCGUCUUUUUUUUCGGUCAAUUUGUAUGUUCAAACUACUUAUAUAUUUUUUUUCUUCUUAUUUACUAGAUAUUCAUUUGGCAUCUGGUAUAAUAAAAUAAGGGUGACGAUGGACAGAUGGUGCAACUGCUACAACUACGAUUUUUCUGUUAGAACAUACAUAUAUAACACAUGGCGCGUUUUCUUUCUUUUUUUCCUUCCUUUGUCAUAAGAAAAGGGCAGCUGUUAGAGGAUGGAUUGAUGAUAUACGAUUUUUUCGAAUUUUUUGCUGUUAUAAUGCGCGAAAAAGUCGCAGGCACUUACUUGAUCUGGUUUUUUCUUUCUUUUCUUCAUGAGUGCGAGCGAAACGAAGGAACUUGUGAUUGAGCAAACGAAUUGAGAAGAAAAUAAUGGAGAAAAUGAAAGAUAUUGAGAGGUUUUGAAUGCAAUUUUUAUUGUUUUAUUGGAAAAUAUUGAGAACUUUGAACAAAUUAUGAAAAAGAAACGAUAUUUUUCGAAAUACUUUUUUUUUCCUCAUUUUUUCCUAAUUCUUAUCGUUUCAAAAAAUCAUUGGCAGGUGGUGUUGAAAAAAAGAUUUGUAUCUCGACAUUAAAAUAAACAUUAAAAUAUUAUCGACAGAUCAGCUAUUUUCAGUCAAUUUUUCUACAAUGGACCUGGUUUCUGAUAUUUGUUCAUAUUUUCCUUCAUUUCUCAUUCGGAAAAUGGCAAAAAAGAAAAGGAAAACGAAAAACGAGAGGAAAUUACCUUCGUUUUUUCUUUCUGCGCAGCUUUUUUCCAACCCUACAUUCUGAAUCGAUAUGCUUUCGGACCUUUUUUUUCUUCGCAUUUUUUCGGGUUUUAGAAGAUAGAAAAAGCUAUGUUUUACACGAAACAAAAGUUUGGCACUGAAAAAGCAUAAAGGAAUCUAAAGAAUAUCCAAAAUUUCCACAUGUACCAGGUCAAACUUUGUUCUAGAUAUUUCUUGUUCGAGUCAGUCACUUGAUAUCCAUUUUGGGAUCAUUUUUCGUUGUUGGUUUUGUCUUGUCGAGCAAACGAAAAAAGGAAGAGCAGUCGAAAGAUUUUGUUGGUCGAAAUUUCAUGAAUAUUUGAAGACCCCCUUGGUUGGUUUUGUUCAUUCAAGCCUCUAUUUUUUCGUCUUCUUCUUCUACUCUACUUCUACUUGCUCAUUUUUCUUCUUCGGGGGGUCCGUUGUAUCAGCUCUUUUCCGUUUUCUCUGCGCACUCGUAGUUUUUUUGAGCACUCGCAUAUAUUGAGCAAAAAGAAGAGACGAGGAUUAGGAUACAACAACAUGUCUUGUCUCUUCUUUUUUUCUUCUCUCCUCCCACUAUCGUUUUGCGGCAUCAAAAAAUGGGCGGAGUUUUUGAGGUUGGGGGAGAGCAGAGAGAUUCAGUCAGUCAGUCAGUCAUUCAGUCUUAUUUCUAUUCAGUUGUCGGUCCGUCCGUCUGUCUUCUAUUCCCGCUUCUUUUUCGUCCGUUUGUUGUUCGUUCGUCCAAGAAGUGGGCGGAGACUUGAUUUAGUGCGUGUGUAUGUUGGAAGAAGAAGAAGAGGCAAAUGGCCAUCGUUUUCCUUCUUAUUCUCUUUCGAUUUCUUCUUUUCCUUCUAUAUAUUCUUUGAAAACACAUUGAGUUGUUUCAUUUUAUUCUAUAUUCUAACAACAAUUCAAAUAAAUAACACUUUUAUCUGACACACGUCAAAGCGGCGCGUGAUUUGUGGAAAAUAUUAAAUGAUCAUAUCACAGCCAGCUUUGAUGUGCGUCUUUUGAGGUAAUUUGAAUUGAAAAAUAUGAAAAAGAAAGGUUUGUAUUUUAUAUUAUUAUUAUUAUUAUUAUUAUUAUUAUUAUUAUUAUUAUUAUUAGAUUCUUCAUUUUUACUGAAGUUAUUUCAACCAUAUAUAGUAAAUAAUUAAUUAUUCAAAAUGUUCAACAGAAAUGGAAUAAAUAGACAACUUCUUGUAUAGUUUGAAUUGAAAAAUACGAGAGAAUAAAUAGAAUGCUAGUUUUGGUGGGAAAAUGUAAAAAAAAAAGUUUGGGAAAAUUGGAAAUGAAAUGCACACUCAAAUUAUUAUUGUUCCAAAAACACAGUUUGAGUUUAUCACUGUACAGUAAUAAUUAUUCUGAAUUCUAAUGUUUCAUAAAAUCAUCGCUGUAAUUGAGAUGAUUGAGUUGAAAUUAGCCGUUGUUGAGAUGCGUGAACAGUUCCUAGAACAUUGCUCAAAAACGUGUUUAUGGAAAGGGCACUUUUUGUAGGAUCUGAAAGUUGUCAUCCUACAAUUCAUGUUUCCCAAAGAAAAAAAAUGAAAAAUUGAAAUGAAUUAUUUUUUACGUGAACUUGUUUUAUCUCGUUUCAUUAUUUGAAAAAAUCAAAAUCAGUCAUGAAGCUACAAGCACAGCAAAUUUUUUUCUACGUGACCUCAAAUAAAAAAAUCAUUGCAGAAUGUGUUUUUCACGCGGCACACACAUCUGGGCGGAGCCUAAUAAAAUCCUGUUUUUACUCGUUUUUUGAGGAUUUGAACCCGAAUUUCAGGGAAAAGUUGAUUUUUCACUAUCAGAAUUGAGCAAAGAAGGGUUGAGGGAGGUCCGGAAGACAGAUAAUUGCUUAUUAAUCUUCUAAUUCCGCUCAAAAUGACGUUUCUCCAUAUUUUUCUCGAUUUUCCCAGGAAAGACAAUAAACUUUUGAUUCAAAAAACUAUUACUACUUGAAAAAUUAUCAACUACUUCUAAAAAUGUAGUUUGAGCAUGUUUCCUUCGGUUUCGGCUUCAAAAACACAUUUUUUGUGAAAAAAAACACAAAAAAAGACAUUUUUUUGCGAAAAUACUGUAGCGACACGUGAAAUUGUGCAAUGAGAAAAUGCGUAGUGAAAAAUUUGCUGUGACAAGCAGAUAAUGGGAAUUCAAAUUCUCCUAAAAAUUAUGUUUUGUCAAUCACAUUUUGUCGGAACGUCAACAUCGAAUAAAAUCCAAAAAUCUGGAAAAAAAGCAAUAUGAAUAAUAUGGUUUCAAACAUCGUGAGACUACAGUACAACGCUAAUCGACAUCGGUUUCUCGAUGGUUUUUUUUUAAUCUAAAAACAACUGUUCGAACAAUUUUACGGGAAGAGAACUGGCACCAAAAUCAAAUCACAAAACAACAAAAAUGCUUCUUUCAUUUUGUGUACCUCAUUUCCUAUAAAAAAUCAUUUUUCAAGCAAAAUAUUUUCAGACAUUGUGUCAAUUGAUUAGCUGUGAUUCAAUUCGAGAUAGAAAAUGGAUAUUCGAAAAUUUCAUACCAAGAUAUUCAAGAGUUUUAGAAGAUACAACAAUGCAUGUCAGAAAAGUAUGAAAUGAGAUUAACGGAUUUGAUUAUUUUUUAUUUUCAACUCUUUUUUUUCAGAAUGCACUUCAUAUUUUUGGAAAAUUAGGAAAUUUAUUUGGGGAAAAGUUUUCUGAUGCUGUAAGUGUCAUUAAUAUAAUUUUCUUUCUAAAAAAAACCAAUUUUUUAAUUUCAGUUUCUUGUUCCACAUUUACUCGUUUCUAGUAGCGAUUUAAAUUGGGCAGUUCGAAAAACGUCUUGCGAAUGUUUCGUCGAAGUUGCAAAAUGUUGCUCAAGUGAAACUCGCAAAAAUACACUUGCCCCAAUUUUUGCCCAAUUAUUAAGUGAUCCAAAUAAAUGGGUUUCUCUAGUCGCAUACAAUCAUUUGGGACAAUUUAUUUCACUUUUUGCUGAUCCAAAUAUUACUGGAUUUGAAAUGAUAAAUGGAAAAAUAUUUGUGAGAGGAAUUGAUGAGGAAAAUAAUGAAGAAGAUGAAGAAGAAGGCGAUUCAAAUAGGACUAUUCCAUUGAAUGUUGAAGAAAAUGAUAAAAUUGGAGAAGAAUUUGGAAAAUUACCUGAAACAACUUAUAUUCCAAAUGAGGAUCUUAGUAUUAGCAAUUUUAAUAUAAUUAGAUCUCCUAUGAAAUUGGAAACACCCAAAAGAGAAAUUGCAAAAACAACACCAAAAAGAGGAGAAAGAGUUAUGGAUAGGUUUGUAUUUUGAAUAUUUCAUUAUUUUAUUUUCAUCAUCGUCAAAAUGAAAAAAUGAUGAAAUUCAAUAUUACGUUUUUUGCAGCGUUCUUUCUGGUUUGAAUAAAAUGUUAUUUGAUCGAACUCCAUCUUCUCCAUCAACAUCUUCAACGUCUUCGCCAAAAUCAACAAAAGAAUCAGUUCCAACUUCAUUUCAAGGAAAUAAUUCGAAAAAAUCACCAUUAUCAUUUCAUUCGGCUUCGUUUUUGAUGGAUAAAUGGAAUCGGAGAAAUAAUCCAAAUAAUACACAGUCAGUUUAAUUUUUCGAGAGUUUUUUAGAUUUUUACAAAAAUAUGGGAAAAAAUGAACUGAAAUUUAUCUCAACUAAUUGUAAAGACUUUGAUACCCAAAAAGAAUGCUUCCCAUUAUUCUGGACCGAAUUUUAAUUUUUCUCAAAUUGAAGCUUUUCAUGUUAGGCACAAUGGGUUCAACUUUCUGGAAAUUAAAAUUAAAUUUAUAUCUAGUUGUUUUUUACAGACGGUUCCAAAUCUUUGAUGAAUCUUCUUCUGGUAAUUCUCCUCAAAAAGAAACUGAAAAUGAUGAGCCAAUUGAAACUGGUGGAUUUGCAGCAAGAUGUAGUUCAACUGAUGAUUUAUCGAAACUUGGUUUAGAUGAUGGUAAGUUUUAAUUUAAUUUCCACCCAAAUCGGUUUAGUUACAUAUUUAUAUAAUAGUAUAUUUUGUUGUUGAAUAUAUUUUUCUCCCAUUUUCUAACCCGCUUUUUCUAGCAUGUUCAAAAAGCAUUCAAUCCUCUUCUUCUUCUUCUUCUCCCAUUUUUCGAAAAUGUCAAAGUCCUUUGAAACAUCGUUCCCCAUCAUCAUGUUCUUCAACUUCUCGAAAACUUUCACCACGUGGUCGACCAGUUACCACAACUUGUUGGAAUCGUCUUGAUGUCAGAAAUAGAUUAUUUCUUCGACGAUUGGGUGCACUUCCACCAUCACCAAAACGAUUAUUAUCACCACCAACAUCAAAAACAACAACAAAUUCUCCAUUGCUUCAAACACCUUCACCUACUUCUAACAGCAAUUCUUCUGUUUUUGAGUUUGAAGCACCGAAAGAUGUUGAAAACAAAUGUAUGUUGUGAUGUGAACAAAUGUUUUUGAAAUAGUUUUAGUUUUCCCUCAUUUUUAGAUAUAACUACUGGGUGGUGAUAGAUAGUUUUCCCAAAACUUUUGUAACAAGUAUUUUUAGAAAAAUUAAUAAAUUACAGAUCUACUGGAAUUGUUGAAUGAAGAAGAAGAUGAAAAUGAUGAACAUGGAAUUAAAAUGGAAGUGAAGCCAAAAUCUCCAAAGGAAGAAGUAAUUUCCAAUGAAUUCACACUUUCUUAUUGGUCAGCUGAUUGUAAUAUUAAUUUCUCUGAAGAAGAAUUGAAACCGUUUGGAGCCUCAAUAACAACAUCGCAAAUAUCAAAUAGUUAUUUGGAAAGACGUUUAGAUGUUACUAAAGAAUUGUCACCAAAAAGGUAAUUGGGUUAUUUAUUAUCAAAAUAUUUAUCAAUUAUUUUUUAGAGUUCAAAAUAUUGAAACGAAAAAAGAGGAUCUUGGAAUUCUUGAUUUCUCGGAUAAUAUGUCAAUUUCCUCCAAUGAAUCUGAUUGUUCAGAACUUGAAGAUGUUGCUGAAAAGAAUACUUAUAAACAUGUUCCACACGAACUUGUUCAUAUUUAUUAUCAAAUUAUUCGACAAAGUGAAAAUAUGAGUGAGUUUAUUUUCAGAAUUUUUCCAUUAAUUCUAAUUUAUAAUUCAGUGACAAUGGAGAAAUCGGUAUUCGAAGAAGUUUAUCGUCAUUGUGCUCAUAAUUUCCCUGCUAUUUGUUAUACACUUGGAAAGAAUGCAUGGCCAACACUACGUUUGAUGUUAAUUGAUAUGGCAAAAAGUCCACAAACUCGUGUUCGAGCAUCUGUUGCUUAUUCAAUUCAUGAAAUUGCACAUAUGUUUGGAACUGAAAUAACAGAUACAGAUCUCAUUGAAAUAUUCAAUGUUUUGAGAGAUGAUUCGGAUUUUGAUGUUCGAGCUGGAAUUAUGUCAAAUUUAUUCUCAUUUGUCAAAUAUGUUUCACCACAAAAAAGAGAAUCGAUGAUUCGAUCAUUGCCACAAUUUUUCCCAGUUGGCGAUGAGCCAGGAAAUCAUUCGGAAAAUGGAGAUUGGAGAACGAGAUUUGAUUUGAUUUCGUGAGUUUUCAGAAUAAAUUUAGCUCGGGACACUUUUGGAAUUCGAGAUAAAAAUUAUUGUGAAAAUUUCGGACUAUAUAAAUAUAUAAAUCGUAUUUUUUCCCAAAAAAGGUUUCAAAAAAUAUCCCAAAACAUUUUUUCAGGCAAUUGAUUGAAUUAUGUUCACUUUACGAUAUUCGAAUUAUAAAUCUUCAUUUAUCUGGAAUUGCUCUGACUUUGGCUGAUGAUCGAGUUGCUGCUGUUCGACGAGAAGCUGUUGGACUUGUUUCGAAAAUUGUCAGUGUUUUUGUUUCGGCUGAAUGGAAAGAUAUUCAAACAAAACGAAAUGUUGAACAUGAGACAAUUGAAAAUGUGAAAAUGAAAGGAACACCGCCUUAUUUAUCAGAACAAUUUGUUGAGGAUAUUUCAUCGAGUUUUGCCAGAACACAAAAAUGGACAAGAAGACAAACGUGAGAUUUUUGGGAGAUUUGAUGAAUCAAUUAAAGCUUUUUAUUACAGAUUCUGUUUCAUUUGUGAACAAGUUUUGAAUGAUCGACAAUUGAAUACUCAACAGUUUGCUUAUUUUUUCAGUGGACAAUUGAAAAAUUUGGUUAAAGACAGUUAGUUUUUCUUUUGAAAUAUAUAAUUUCGAUCCCAAUUAUUUUUAAUUAAUUUCAGAAGUUCCGAAUGUUCGAAUCUCAGCUUGUGAAGUUUUUAACAAAUGGAGACAAUCGAUAUUAUUUGAAGAGGAAAAUACAAAAAAUAAAAAUGAUUUAUUGAUUAUUUCGAAUGUUUUAACCGAAUUGACAAAAGAUCAAGAUGUUGACACUGCUUUUAUUGCAACAAAAUAUCAGAAACCUUCGGAUAAAGCAGUGGUAAAUUUAUUUUUAGAGCAGAAUUCUACAAUUGUCCAAAAAUUAUUUUUAGGAAGUGGAUGUCAAAUUUCGAACACAAAAAAUGCGAGAAAGAGAAGAGAAAUUCUUUGGAGAUGUUAUUUAUUCGGAAGCAAGUGGGAAAACAAUUAGAGUUUCGAAAAAUGGAGGAAUUGAAGUAAUUCGGCCACCAAUUGUUCCAAUUGCUGAACCAGAGGCUGAAGAUGAUUUUAGUGUUUUGUCGGAAAAUUCGUCGGUUUUGGAUCAAACAAUUAUUGGAGAAGAACAAGAAGGACCUGAUGAAGAAGAUUUUGAGAUACACUUUAUCGAACCACCAAUGAUUUCGGCUGAAAUUGUUCAAAAAUCUGAUGAAUUAUGUGAUAAUACAGAAUGUGUUGAUAUGGAAAUUGAGGAAGAAGGAGAAGUUGGAACAUCAGAAAAAGAAAAGAAUCAAAGCGAUAAAUCAACUGAAACAUCAGAUGGAAAUAUCUCUGAAAUUGAUGAAUCUGAAAUUCCAAUGGAUCCAGCACCUUCUAACUUACAAAAUGUAGGUUAUUUUUUGAUUAUUUUCAAAUUCGAAGAAAAAACUUUCAGGUUAUAAUAAAUGUGCCAAUUGAUACAAAAAAUGGUGAUUCAUCCGAUGCCUAA